UUCUCAAGUCAGAUCUCUUUUCUUAAGGGCACUGUGUGGAGCUUCUGAGAUCUGCGGAGGUUUUCUCUGCAAAUACAGGAAGAAAGCAGGUGGAUGAAUGCAUAAUGAUGGCCCUGCUUCUGGCCUCUUUGCUGGCAUUCCUGAGUUUGGGAUCAGGAUGUCACCAUCGGAUCUGUCACUGCUCUAACAGAGCUUUUCUCUGCCAAGAGAGCAAGGUGACAGAGAUUCCUUCUGACCUCCCGAGGAAUGCAGUCCAGCUGAGGUUUGUCCUCACCAAGCUUCGAGUCAUCCCAAAAGGUGCAUUUUCAGGAUUUGGGGACCUGGAGAGAAUAGAGAUCUCUCAGAAUGACAUCUUGGAGGUGAUAGAGGCAGAUGUGUUCUCCAACCUUCCCAAGUUACGUGAAAUCAGAAUUGAAAAAGCCAACAACCUGCUCUACAUCAACGCUGAGGCCUUCCAGAACCUUCCCAACCUUCGAUAUCUGUUAAUAUCCAACACAGGUAUUAAGCACCUUCCAGAUGUUCACAAGAUUCAUUCUCUCCACAAGGUUAUACUAGACAUUCAAGAUAACAUAAACAUUCACACAGUUGAAAGAAAUUCUUUCGCGGGGCUGAGUUUUCAAAGUGUGACUCUAUGGCUGAAUAAGAAUGGGAUUCAAGAAAUACACAACUGUGCAUUCAAUGGAACCCAACUAGAUGAGCUGAAUCUAAGCAAUAACAAAAAUUUAAAAGAAUUGCCUAAUGAUGUUUUCCACGGAGCCUCUGGACCAGUCGUUCUAGAUAUUUCAAGAACAAGGAUCCAUUCCCUGCCCAGCUAUGGCUUAGAAAAUCUUAAGAAGCUGAGGGCCAGGUCGACUUACAACUUAAAAAGACUUCCUAGUCUGGAAGAGCUUGUCGCCCUCAUAGAAGCCAGCCUCACCUAUCCCAGCCAUUGCUGUGCCUUUGCAAACUGGAGACAACAAAUCUCUGAGCUUCAUCCGAUUUGCAACAAAUCUAUUUUAAGGCAAGAAGUUGAUGAUAUGACUCAGGCUAAGGGUCAGAGAGUCUCCUCGGCAGAAUACAAUGAGUCCAGUUACAGCAGAAAAUUUGACAUGAUGUACAGUGAGUUUGAUUAUGGCUUAUGCAAUGAAGUGGUUGAUGUGACCUGCUACCCUGAGCCAGAUGCAUUCAACCCAUGUGAAGAUAUCAUGGGGUACAACAUCCUCAGAAUCCUGAUAUGGUUUAUCAGCAUCCUGGCCAUCACUGGGAACAUCAUAGUGCUGGUGAUCCUAACUACUAGCCAAUAUAAACUCACAGUCCCCCGGUUCCUUAUGUGCAACCUGGCCUUUGCUGAUCUCUGCAUUGGAAUCUACCUGCUGCUCAUUGCCUCAGUUGAUAUCCACACCAAGAGCCAAUAUCACAACUAUGCCAUUGACUGGCAAACUGGAGGAGGCUGUGAUGCUGCUGGCUUUUUCACUGUCUUUGCCAGUGAACUGUCAGUCUAUACUCUGACAGCCAUCACCUUGGAAAGAUGGUAUACCAUCACCCAUGCCAUGCAGCUGGACUGCAAGGUACAGCUCCGUCAUGCUGCCAGUGUCAUGGUGGUGGGCUGGAUCUUUGCUUUUGCAGCUGCCCUCUUUCCCAUCUUUGGCAUCAGCAGCUACAUGAAGGUGAGCAUCUGCCUGCCCAUGGAUAUCGACAGCCCUUUGUCACAGCUGUAUGUCAUGUCCCUUCUUGUGCUCAAUGUCCUGGCCUUUGUGGUCAUCUGUGGCUGCUACACCCACAUCUACCUCACAGUGCGGAACCCCAACAUCGUGUCCUCCUCCAGUGACACCAGGAUUGCCAAGCGCAUGGCCAUGCUGAUCUUCACCGACUUUGUCUGCAUGGCACCCAUUUCUUUCUUUGCCAUUUCUGCCUCCCUCAAAGUGCCCCUCAUUACUGUGUCCAAGGCAAAGAUCCUACUGGUCCUGUUUUACCCCAUCAACUCCUGUGCCAACCCCUUCCUCUAUGCCAUCUUUACCAAAAACUUCCGCAGAGAUUUCUUCAUUCUGCUGAGCAAGUUUGGCUGCUAUGAAAUGCAAGCCCAAAUUUAUAAGACAGAAACCUCAUCCACUGCCCACAACUCCCAUCCAAGGAAUGGCCACUGCUGUUCAGCUCCCAGAGUCACCAACGGUUCCAGUCACAUACUUGUCCCUCUAAGUCAUUUGACCCAAAAGCAAAACACAAUGUGAAAAUGUAUCUGAGUGAUGAAAGAUACUUCAGUCUUGCCUUUGAAGAGUAUGGCACAGGUAGCUGACAGUGCUUUUACACAUUUCAUCUAAUUUAAUCUUCCUGGCAUAUCUUUAGAGUAAAUUGGUCAGGAACUAUUAAUUCCAUGUGAUACAGUGGGAAGCUGAAAUAUUAGUAACAACAAUAAUCAUUAAAAAAUACAAUACUACA